GGUUUGCUCUCGUUGGUCUGCACUGCGGUGAAGCCGAACGGCCCAAAGGUUAACAUUGUAUUGUGAAGAAACGUUUGUUUAAACUCAAUGUAAAUUAGCUGCAUACUCAACAAUUAUUUUUGUAUCAAAUGCCGGUUCCCUUUUUUAUUUUUUUUUUUGCUAAGCAUUUCUACGAUUCCGAAAGCUUAUCAUGUUUUGGUCUGUUCAUUCUCCUUACAACUAUUUCUCGUGUGACACUAACACAUGGGUGAUGGUGGAAAGCUUUGCCGUACGCUUGUUUGCUUUGUGUGAAUCUCAUUUGGCAAGAGCUUUUCAUUCAUUUCGCGUAUCCUUUCACCAUCUGUGUGUUGACAAACGCGCACAGAUGGUUUUCCCGAACCGAAGCCUUAACGGGUCGGGUUCGUGCCUCGGUUAGGUUGCCUUCGUCUUACGUUCGGGCGUUCGGCGUCGUACGUCUGGCUCCUGAACAUUGCACAAAGCACAUUUCGUUAGUUCCACUUUCAUAGCCCAAUCGGUAAUACUUCAUAGUAGCUCCGUGCGUGUUUAUACUCCACAACACACAGCAUGCAGAAACACACACAUAAGCCAUCAUUGCCCAUCACACACCCAUGGAUUUAGAACCGUUCACCAUUGUUCACAUGUCGUAUUACGUUCAGUGUGCGAAAAGUGCAUUACAACUUAGUUCUUGCGCUUGUGAUUACGCAUUAGAAGAUUUCAACACUGUGCAUAAGACAGGAACGGCUGACACGGCACGUUGGCAAAUGUCGUUGACACUGCAAAUUUCGAGAACGUUUAGAGGGCAAGUUUAGCAAGCGCAUUGUCGACGCAACUAUCUUUCAUGUGCAAUGUGAAAUUUUGUAAACUUUAUAUACAAGUGAACCUAACGGAGAGUGAAAAUAAUCGCAUUAUAUUACAAUUGAUAUACCUGUUAGUUCACAUUGGUUCACAAAGUGCUUCAAUAGUGCAUAUCUCCCAGUUGUACCAUGUUGGUUUGGGAUUGUCUCAUCGAACGACUCGAAAAUAAACGUCGUGAAUUGUAUUGUGUGCAGCACAACAGCUGAAUCAAUACCUCAGUCACCAAAAUUUGUGCCAAUUCAUUGAAAUUCCAGCGUACGUGUGUGUGCGUGUUGUGACCCCGGUUCCCGAUGACCGUGAAUAACGAAAGGUCUGUCCCUUCCCGCAAUCCGGUCGCAAUAUCGGUAGUGAAAAUGUUAGCGGACCGCUUCCAUCCGCUUUUAUGCUCGUGAUAAAUUAUUGCAGUGACGUUCACUACAAAGCUUCAAGCGGAUCAAUUUGGCCUAGAAUCGAAAUAGUGUGCUUCGUAAAGAGCCCACACUAGCGUGCUUAACUGGUGUACGGAAUUUCUACGGGUAGUUCGUAGAAUGGCAGAUGAUUAUAUUUUUUAUUUUAACAUAAGUAUGUUAACUAUUCAAACUUUUGUGUACAUCAUUUGUUUAAAAAGGGAAAAACAAGCGAUGGAAUCAAGAAUUUUUUAAACUUCUACUAAUGUGACGAUUGCCAAGUAUAACAAAUUCGUAAAGAUUGUGAUUCUAACACGACCCAAAAUUCUCGCAAACGCCUCGUAAACACGCUCCGAACCUUUGAAAAUCAAUAUAACGUGUUUUAGCUUCGGCGGAACUGAACGUUGAUCCGUUGUAGCACGUGACACCGGAAGCGUUUAGUCGAGCCGCAUUAAACGCAUUAAAGGAAUUGUGUUUUUCGUCUUUUUGUCAAACAAUCGGCUAUAGUGGAGAUAUCCGUAACCGCAUUUCGCAGCCCCUUAGCUGAUCAUCUUUGAUUCGUAUCUUUUACUGACCACUAAAGUUUUCGAUUAUCGCACCCAUAGUGGAAUGUAUCAGUUGUGUAUUUGUUUGCUGUCUAGCAUAUUUAAUAAUGCUGCAAAUGUACCGUUUCACAUACAACAGCCACACGUUGUUACAGAGAAAAGGGCAAAUUUGUGGUUCAUCGAUCGUUUCUUAACUUUGCAUUAGGCAUUUUGUUGCGUUUAAACAUUGGGUAGAAAUUCUACUACGCAAAGGUGGCAAGUGACCGCUUCGUUCGAAAAGAACAUCAAGCAACGAAAUCAACAUUCGUUUAUGUGGUAGUGUACAAGGCUGGUAUAAAUACCAAAAAGAAAGUAAAGACCGGCGGCAGCAGCAAACUAAGUAACCGGAAGUGGAAUUCCUCGAUUCGUUCCCUAUGCUAGCACUACGUUUGCCCUUUGUUAGGCUUGCACGAAUGGUAACAAUUUUUCAUAAGAGAUUCCAGAUAAAAUCCUCAAACCAAAGCGUCUAACUAGUGUGUAAGAGUGGAGUGUACAUUUGUGUUAUUUAUUUUGUUAAUGUGUGUAUGUCAAAAAAGUAAAUGAAACCGUCGUAUCGUUAGUUUUUAGUCAAUCAGGAAUAUCUCAUAUUAUCGUGGAAUGAUCCUUCAUAAAGCUGGAAAGCAAAACACCUACAUCAGCACUGUUACAUCGGAAUGAAAACUUAUCGCACUGCGAGCCACCGGAAGCGCGUGAGCAACCGAAACGGGUAUAGCUAGACCCAAAAUACGUACAGAAAGCUGGUACAUUUUGCCUGGAGCAGAUCGAAGCCAAAGGAGUGAAAUGGCAAAAUCUCUCCUCUGGAUGCUGCGCGAUAAUCCGAUACGUUCGACACGGUGGUCAAAUGUGUUGAAAUAAUACACCUGCACACUCCCUUCCAGUUUCCCGGGUAGAGUCUGUCGCUAUAUCCACGGGCGGUGUUUUGUACCGAGGAGUGGCAUAUCAAAGCAAUCCGCUCCAACACCUUACCACCUUAUGAUGGAUGAAAACGUUCCACAUCGCAACGAAAGUAUCAAACAACGAAAGCCGGUGCGUAGCAUCGAGCAGAUAUCGCCUGUAUGCGAUGCCUAUCCGGUACCACCAGAGCGUAAUAUGCAUUCAACCAGUCAGCCGCAUCCGUCUCUUCCGCAGCCACCUUCAUCAUUACCAUCCCAGCCACCUGCCGCAGUUUCGUCGCCGAAUGCAACAUCAUCGCUUUCCAUGCUUCUCUCACCGACACAAACGACGAUGCUGGAUGAGGAAUCACAGAUGACGGUGAAAAAUGAAACUCCAGUAGCAAACGUUUCGAAUCCGCUCACCGCUAAUGCCGCCACAACUUUUAGCUUAAUUUUACCACAAAAUCUAAGCCGAAGCUUCGACCAAACGGCUGCACAGUCACCGCCGAAGUAUCAGAUUUAUCAUCAGUUUAGUCGUAUAUCCAGUACUACGCAACAGUUCAUACAACGUCAGCAACAGCAGCAGCAGCAGCACCAACAGGAGCAACAGCCACAUCAGCUGCAACGACAGCAGUCUCCACAAACACAACCAGCCUCACCAGUUACCAACUAUCAAUCACCUUUAUUUCGCAAAGCUAGUUACGGAUCGUCUCACUACGCACACUAUACAAACGUCGAACCACCACCAACGGUAAAUGCUGGAACUGUAAAACCUACUAGUACCCAUCAUCAGCAUCAGCCAAGCCUCCAAUGCUCCAAACCAGUGGACCAACGAAGCAAUAAUCCUUUUAUACUUAACUUUAACAACAUUUCCGGAUGUUGCCUAAAGAAUUCACCAACGUCCUCCAGUUCCCCGUCUGCCGCCUCUCCAACUGACCGAUCGACGGCUUCCGUAUCCAAUUCGCUCGGUAACAAUACACAACCCGUGAGCGAAGGUAGUCCAUCUGCAGCUAUCACAUCAUUUGUGAGUUCGGGCACAAAACGGACUCGAUCGUUGAUGCUCAAAUCAACCUCACCGUUACAACAAACGACACGAAGCUCACCGUCACAAGCACUUGCUUCGCCACAGGGACCACCAGUACCACCGCGACUCUCACACAUACAGUCUGGUGGUUCCGUUGCUACAGCAAACAUGGGCAAUUCGUCCAGCAAUCAUCCGUCCAUCAAUCCAACAUCAUUAAUAACACACUGUAACGCGUCGACUUCGCCCGGAGCAGUAACAUCUGCAAUCGUUACUGGAACAUGCUACGUAACGCCACCAACUCCGGCCCCAUUAAGUGCUAGCGAUAAAAACCAGGAGCUACCUUCUAUGGCGUUCGGUAACGUAACGCCCGCUAUAAUGUCUAUUACAGAGAGCACUACGUUAGUUGCAACUACAAGUUGCAAUAAAACACCAACAGACGGAAACCGGGAUGGGUCGCGGAACAGUGAACGAAUAGCGGAGAUCGUGCCCAAUAAUGUACGCAAAAAGCGAGACGAUUUUCUCAAGACGACUAUGAAAAUAUGUUUGGUGGUAUCGCCUCCAUCAAAGUUACAGAUGAAAUCUUUAAGCCUUACUCACCUGGAUGAGAUCGAGCGUCAGGGCACGACACCAACCAUUAUAACAAACGAUUCACACAUAAGAAAGAGUGAUAAUUCCGACACAUCCAACACAUCGAUCGCAUCCGCAAGUGGAUCAGCCGGGUAUGGCGGUAACACCGUGUCCGGUGGGUCCUCAGUUCACGCGGUCUCGCCUAAGGACGUCUGUGUGACACUUACCUCGGGCAGUGCGCUUAUCGACAUCAGCAACAGUGAUGGCGGAUGCAUCAAUCCAGCCUACGACAACGGGGACGGGAACCAUCGUCGCGAGACGAACGAAGGCAUCUCAAUCAGUGAUGUGGACGCCAGAAUCUGUCCGAAACAGGAGAGCAUGGAAAAAGCUCACGAAUGUCAGGGUUCCGGGACGUGCUGUAUGCUCACGUCGCCGUCUUGUGUAAAGGCUGCCCUGAGCUAUUCGAGUAAAGUGAGCGGCACCAGUUCAACGUCGGCUUCUCUUAAAAAGAAAUCCUCCUCUUUUUUGCACCGUGAACGCAAGAAGCCGGUUCUCACGCGCAGCCAAGUCUCCAGCUCUGAAUACUUCUCUGUUUGCUUCGAGGGCGAUCACAAUGAUCCAGGCGUGCUGAUACCGGCCACUAAAGGAGUACGGCUUGCAGAAUGUUUACGUGCCUCACUUUCUCGAAAAAGCUUGAGUUUCUCACAAAUUUAUGUUACCGACAAUGGUUUCAACAAUCCGCACGAGACGGGCAUACGGUACACGGAACCGCUGGAUGGUAACAUGGACAUAUCUGCCCUGGCGGGUCGAACGCUAAUUGUAUCGGAGCGUGAUGCAACAUCGAAUCGCCGCACGGGCGGUCACCUGACCCUACAGAAAGCGGCCUCAGUAGGCAAUCAGCCCUCGAUUAUGUCGUCCACCAGCAAACUGUUUACAUCCACCUCCACGGAUGACAACUAUGACCAAAGCCCCAAAGCAUCGUCAGCUUCUGGCAAGCAAUCGAAGCAAAAAUGGACAAUACCAUUUGGAUCGAAGGGACCACAAAAGUCGAAGCUUUGCGAACUGCUGGACAGCUACAACAAAGAAAUUCCCAAAUCGACGUCUUCCUCCAGUAAUUUCAAUAACCCCGAGUAUGUAGACGCUUUAGUAGGCCUUAGGAACUUACCUCAAUGUUGGACGGAGAUCGUCAAUUGCGCUGGGAUGAGCGAAGCAGAAACGAAAAUCCAAUCCGCCAUCUGGGAGCUGGUGACGACCGAAGUAUACUACAUUCUCGCUCUACAAACGGUAACAGACCUUUUUCUUGCAUGUUUAGAAGACAUUCAGUCACAAAACAUCCUAACGGAUGUUGAUCAGAACAAAUUAUUUUCCAACAUCCGUGACAUUUGGGAGGCUAACCUACGCUUUUGGACACUGUACCUUCAUCCAAUGGUAAAACAUAGCCAACGGACGAGAGAACCAAUGAGCAUCUAUUACUUUCAAAGAGGUUUUGUCGAUUUCGCCACGAUCUUCACGCCAUACACUAAAUACUGUGCUGAGCAAAGCACCUGUCAAUACUAUUGCAAGGAGAUGUACCACAAUAAUCCGCUAUUCAUGACCUACUGUGCCUGGUGCGAAUCACAGAAGAUGUGCAACCGGUUACGACUAGCUGACAUUCUGGUGCGUCCAAUGCAACGGUUAACCAAGUAUGGACUGCUGCUGGCGGCUAUCAAGAAACAUAUCAACGAUGAGGCAGAAGGCGAAGCAAUCGAUGCCAUGAUACAUUCAGUAGAGGAGUUUGUCGCUGGUGUGAAUUCUCAUCUAACGACACGACAGGAAAGCGAGCGUCUGAAAGGAAUCAAUGCCAGAAUCGACUGUUACGAGGUGGUAGACGCAAACAACGAGAUUUUAGAUCGUAUGGUAAAACAGCACAGUAUCAUGUUCGACCUCUGCCAGCCGAUGCGCGGUAUCGACCAUGGACGAAAAGUAUUUGUAGAGGGUGACCUGAAAUACAAGGAUAGUACUGGAAAGAUGGAUGUGCAUUGUUUCCUUUUUACGGACUUUUUACUAGUUUGUAAAAAGAACAAGAACGACAAAUUAAAGAUCAUCCGACAACCAUAUAUGACGGACAGAUUAAUGGUACAGCUUAAGGAUCAAGCCAUUUACUGCUGCUAUGUGAAUGAACUGAACAUGGUGGUAGCGGCAUUCACAAUGCAAAGUCCCAAAGCCCAACAUUGGUACGAUUCGAUCACAAAAGUAAAACAUAUUUACAAUCGCAUGAAACAAGGCACAUUUGGCGAUGUGCGACAGUACGGUAAUAUUAUAAAUAUCAGCAACAGCUGCAACAACUCCACCAGCAAUAGCAAUAUGAACAUCAACAACGAUAAUCUAAGCAUCAAAAAGUCACCUCUGAAUAGUUCUAUUGGUAGUCGCGUAAGCAGUCUGAACAACAGUCACAGCGGAUCAGUCGAUCUGAACGAAUCGAAACAGGUAUCGAUUGAUUUUGAGAAAACCAACUCCCUGUCGAGCGACGAAGGUGCCGGCGUCGGUAGCACAAUGGCUGGUAGUGGACUCGUCAUGAUGCAUUCGAAGUACGGUGCGGGUAGUGCUCGAAAGCCAAAGAAUACCGUCUGCAUUAUGCAAACCAAAUCCUCCAAUUCAUUGACUGUUCAACCGUACAGUGGACUUGGCCAAAGUAUGCCUAAUUUAAACCUUAAUUCAAUCCAAAACAGCAAUACUCUCUCGGUGCCAGGUACAUCCAAUAGUCAAUCCCAUUCAGGCAUGGUAUUACUUUCUCCAAGCCAACGGGGCAUUUCAUAUCCUCCUCCAUCACCUACCAGAGCAACGCUGCGCCGCGGAUUCGCAUUCUCUACGUCAAUCAAAAACCCACCGUUAAUCAAGACACGCAACGUGUCGUCGCAGCAAAGUUUCAUGCUAUCCCAGCAGCAAAGCUUCAACUCGGCUUCUCUCGGCCAACAUCAACAGUGCCUACCCGCGUCGUCUAACAUGCCGUCGUGCAGCUCCACAAAUAAUACCGGCACGAACGCAGCAAAUGAAGGAUGCACUGGAGGAGGCGGUCUUUCGUUGUCUUCGGCGAACAUAUCGUUUUUCAAGCGUAAAAAUAGCUUUCAAAGUGUACCCAACAACAGCGCUACCACCAGCAUGGACCAAAGUUUGCCCAACGAAACCUAAGCAAUAAUCCUCACCAGCUCAAUGCAAAGCGAACAAAGGCAUUUGAGGGCAAAAGCAGAAAAAAGAAUGCACCCGUCGAACGCCACUAUCAACUAGUCCACUACCACGGUGCUGUAUGGAAAAAGUUUGCUACUUGGUCGGAAGUUCAUGAAGCCAACCAUGAUGUUAAAUGCAUCAAUGCAUUCCAACGGAAUCAAAAAUUGUUUGCUAUAAGUUAACACAACAUGUACAUAAACAUGUUGACGUCCAUCGCGAUGUCUAACCCCUGCUCUGUUGUCCAGUUGCAUUCGGCAAUUGCAUUAAAAGACGAAUAGAAGUAAAUCUAUCCGUUGUGUACAUUACGCCAACCAUCUGCACCUACGGAGGCUGCAAAUUUGUAUAAUCUUUGUUGUGAAAAGCAGUGGCACACACACACAUCAACAAAAAAGCCAGAACAAAACAAAGCUGUGAAUUUUAAUGGAAACGCAUCAAUGCAAUUAUCAGCUUGAGCGAGUUUGAUAUGUAGCACCAGUAGGCAAGCAUUUAACGUAUUAUUUUUUUUCUCCCACAACCCGGUGCUAGGAUUUAAAUGUUUGAAAAGUUUUAAAGCAUCUCGUUCAACGAGCAAUACUAACUAGCUGAAUUUUAAAAUAUUUUUAAUACAUUAUAUGUUGGGCAUUGUGUCCCUUUUAUUGCCGCUUAAAUACAAGUGGAUCUUGUUAUUGAAAUCCCUCUAGUCAGCGCAAAAUGCUAUAUUUAUGACAUUUAAACGAGUGUUUUUUUUGUAAUACAAACACAAAAAACAAUCACGUUUAGUUUGAAAAUGUUGAUUUUUGUUUUAUGUCUUUUUGCAUAAAGGUUAAAAAAUAUUAACAUUAAGUUCCAAUGAAGUGGUUCUGGAAAUCCAACUUUGGUUUUUAAAAUUUAUUGUUACUUCUAAAGUAGCUGAGCUAUUAUUUCUUUAAAAAAAUUAAAAACUGCUCCUAAAGAUGAAUAUUCUGUACAAACUACAGAUAAAAAUUACUGUAAUGACCGAAGAGAUAGUGGUUUGAGAAUGUGUUGAACAAACGAAUCAAACAUAAUACUUUAGCAAGGUUUGUAGCUUUAUCAACAUCAUAGAAUGUCUGAAAUAUAGGCAGACACAAUCGUAAUGUUGCCAUUUUAACUCGAACGCAUAAACGCAAAAAUUUUUACAUAAAAAGGGGAAUGCUGCGAAAAUUUAACAAAAUGAUAACAUUUUACUGUGCGUAUCAUUGAAAGAGUAAGCAAUAACGAGUUGCACCUCAAUAUGACUGGUUGCCUGUUUGUUUUUGUUUUUAAUUUUGCUUUAAAAUUUACGAUUCAUUGUAGAGAUGCCAGUUUAAUGCUAUAUAUAUGGAAAUGUAUUGAUUUUAUAAUAUAACAACAAAUUGCCAACACAAAUUACUGUGUAUCUAUGAGUGUAUCGAAAAAGCAAAUCAUUAUUAACAUAUCGAUCAGGAUGUGUUGUUAAAGGAAAGAAGAACAAAAGCGUACAAUGAUAAUUUUAAACAUUUUCCAACGUUGCUAUUCUCUAGCGUAGCAUUUUUUCCUGUAUGAUAAUAUUGUAGGAUAACGAACCAAAAUCACCUAUACUAACAUUCCAUACGCCGCUACGUUGGGCUUUUGUGUGAAAAAAAUAAAACGGCUCUAAUUAGAAAGUACAGUGUAAUGUUGUAUGUACAGUUUACAAAAGGGAUAGGGUUUUGUGCAUGUUUUAAUAGCAUAAAAGAAUGUCAGAAGGACGGUUGUUUUUUUAAUUUGCGGUCAGGUAACCGCUAAUCAAAGCCCUAGUUUUACGAAUAAUCAAAUAUAUUAUAGUGUUUUGAAAAGAACAGUUGUAGCUGUAGACAUAGAAAAGAACCGUUUCGCAAUUAUUAAAAUAAACCCUUGACAUGUACAUCAACUACGGUUACGCGUAACUCACAUUUGAAGCGGAUAGAAAAGUUGCUUUGCAAUACUGUGGGAUGUUAUAAUUUACCAAAUUAGAAACAUAAUCAGAAGCUAGGAAGAUACAGAUCUAGAUUUGCACAGUUUUGAAGUCAGUCGGUACUGUAUUAGAAGCUUACCAAACAUACAUUGAAUGGUGUUGCCACAAUAAGGUAAAUCAUGUUGCUGUCGCUGCAGUAAAAUUUAACGCAAUAGUAAUUUCUAUUGCACGUGUUACAGCACAUAGAAGAUUUCAAAUUUGUAAAACCAGUUACACAAUGGUUAAGGGAUAAAUGUACGCAAUUUAAAGACAUUUGUGUAAUGUAUUGAUUGAUGUGCUCUGCAUUUUGGGAAGUAUCAUCAAUUAAAUCAUUUGUACAUGUGGUUCUAUUGUUUGUUUGUUUUUUACUAGCUCCAUACGCUUAAUCGGUUCAUUAGGUCUUCAAGAAAACGAUGAGGAGUGCGAUACUGCGAUCAUAUCUAUACUUAAUUAUUCUUAUCAUUUAGACCAGGGGUCUCCAAGCUACGGCCCUCCGUAGAGAUCCCGAGAUUGGCCCUCAGCUGUGGCUAUUCCACUCAAAGCGGCCCGCCAUCUAAAAAGUUUGGAGGCUCCUGAUUUAGACUAACCCCGCAUUUUUUGACAAUCAAAUAUGAUUUUAAGACGAUCUCUCUUUUAUCAAUCCGAUACGCCCAAAUUCGGAGAGCGUUAAAUAUUUUACAUCGGUUGAUCAUGUUUUUUCCUUUCAACCUGUUCAUACGGCAUACAAUUUGUUUGCAUAUCUCCCAUUCAUUAUAACAAUACGCUGUACGAUCGUACCAUUGCGGAGGUACAAAAAGUGCUUUAACAAUGAAACAUUUGUAUCAUUACAACAACAACAAAAACCGCCAAUCUGAACAACGCUUAAAGCUGAUUUGGAAGAGUAGUAAACGGGAGGAAGUACAAGGCGUGGAAAAUGCAAACCAAAGAAUUGUCCGAGAAUCAUAACAUGAGCGUUGAGCAAACUCAACCUCGGGGUAGUAUUAGUAUUGUAGUGUUUGGUUUUUGGAAAUUAAUACAAAUAUCCUUCAUCCUGGCUCGUUCUACGAGCACAAGGUGGGUAAGCGUUUCUUUCUAAAUCUGUCAAAUCAAUGCCAUGUCAAUGGAACAUUGUUAGCAUUUUAAUAUGGGUGUCCCCACAAGGUACACGAAUGAGACCGGUCUAUUCUAUGAUACUGCGUUGCGAGUCAUUUGUGAAGCUAUCGCGCCAAAUGCAUCAAUGUACAGUUUUAUAAUGAUACUCAAGUAAAGCAUUGGAAUAGGACUGGAAUAUAUCGGUAUAACUGUAGUUUACUAAAAAAAAACAAACGAAACAAACAUUGAAAAUAAUAUAUACAAAUACACAAAUAUACAUACAUAUACAUACGCAAAUAUAUAUAAAAAAAUAUAUAUAUACUUAUACACAUACGAAUAGAAGAUUGGUCUUAUUUAAGCUAUAUUUACAAACAAAGCGAAUCACGAAAUUUAACUAUUUGAAUGUUGGAAAACGAUCGGGAAACGGAAUAAGCAAACUACAUGAUUUGAAAUUUUGCGAAUAUUAAAAUUUAACAACAUCCUGUGGAUAGUAGUUUUGCAAAAGUCAAACGGAAACGUAUUUCUACAUAAUUGGCCGCCACAUUGUUGAAAAUACCAUGAUAACACAGCAGCCAGUGCUGUAUGGCAUUUCAGAACAGUACCCUGCUAAUUGAAAAACAUAAAGGAAUAUUUUGCGUAGAAGAUGUAUAGUUUAUACAUCCCAAAAAAAACACACGAAAUGAAAUGAUGAAGCAAAUUUCAAUGUGGAUGGAUUGAAAUUGAUACUCUAGCUCAAUUGUUUAAAUUAUGAAUUUUAUCCAUUGAACAGAUGAUGUCGUGCUAAAAUGUAACAUCAAAAGAGGAAAUCAAAACAUAGGAUAACAGUAUCUAAGGCUUGCAAUAUAGGGAUUAAAUUCUUUAUGUGUGGAAAUUUGCAAACUAAACGAAAGACAAACUCAACAAAUGAAUGGACCUAAAAUACAACAAAAAUUAAAAUACAAAGCAACAGUAACAUAGAAACGACCAUUGUUCAAUGAUAUUGCAGAAGAAUAAAAUCAAAAUCAACAACAUAA